UAGUCUCUGAUUCGGUGCGCGUGUCCGAACCCCUCCUGGUUCCGGCUCGAUCCAAUAUUUCCGCGAAUAAAGCCUAAUUUGGGCACGAGCGCAUGCUAGCCCUUCUGUUGGCUAGCAGCCAGGGCUGCUCAUCCUGGUCCUCGAGAUCUACCACUGCCAGCUGUCUUCACGUUGUGGUGGAAUGAACACACCUGGUCCAGGUAAACGCUGAAAGCAGAGCUGGAAAACAGGCAGGGUGGUAGCUCUUGAGGACCAGGAACGGACACCCCGAACCAGCGCAUUCCUAAAGGAAAGAACAGACGAAAUGAACACUGAACCCUACCGGAGAACCUCGAGGUUCGGUCCAUGACCCAGUACUGCUUGUUCCACGGAGACCGUUGGGCCUGCAGAUUGGGGGGACUGUGGACUCGCUGGACUGAGAAGGUUUUCUUGAAUCUGAACGGUCUGACGGAGUCCGUGGUGGCGGCGGCCUGCUCCAGAGUGGGUCAGAGGGUUCUUCACCUGGACAGGAGGAGUUAUUAUGCUGCUAACUGGGCCAGCUUCACCUUCAACGCUCUGCUCACCUGGAUCCAGGAGCAGCAGGAGGGGCCUCAGCCAGAGCAAGUACAGGAUUGGUCGAGCCUGCUGGAAGAAGGGGAGGAGCUAAUACACUUGUCAAAUCCAGACCUUGACUCCAUCACUAACAUACAGGUGGUCUCCUACGCCAGUGAGGAAGAGGAGGAAGUUCCAGACACCACCAAAGAAGAAACAUCUGCAGAUGGCCCAUUAGAGGCGGAGUCUGCAGAUUCAAGGGAGGAGGAGUCAGCCGAGGCAGAGGAGGAGUCAGCCGAGAAAGAGGCGGAAUCCGCCGAGACAGAGGCGGAGUCAGCCGAGAAAGAGGCGGAGUCCGCCGAGGCAGAGGAGGAGUCAGCCGAGAAAGAGGCGGAGUCAGCCGAAGCAGAGAAGGAACAGGCCACCAAAUUAAAGGGGGAGGAGCCUGAAGAGGACCAGUCACAUCCUGUUUCGGCUUCUGGCCAAUCAGAGCCAACCAGGAAGAAGAUCAGCUACGCCCAGUUGGUGAAGGAAGGUCGCAGGUUCAACAUCGACCUGGUCUCCAAGCUGCUGUUCUCUCGUGGCUCGUUGGUCGACCUGCUCAUCAGGUCCAACGUCAGCCGCUACACGGAGUUCAAGAACGUCACCAGGAUACUCACAUAUCGCCAUGGCAACCUGGAACAGGUACCCUGCAGUAGAGCGGAUGUCUUUGCGAGUCGUCAGCUGUCUGUGGUUGAAAAGAGGAAGCUGAUGCGUUUUCUAACUUCCUGUAUGGAGGAGACGGAGACGGAGCAAGCAUACAGCAGUCAUCCAUAUUCAAAGUUCCUGCAGGACCAGCAGCUGGGGGACAACCUGCAGCACUUCUUACUCCAUUCUAUUGCCAUGGUAACGGAAGACACACCCACAGAGGCGGGUCUAGCUGCUACACGGCACUUUCUGCGCUCCCUGGGUCGUUAUGGCAACAGUCCAUUUUUGUUCCCGGUGUACGGCCUUGGAGAAAUCCCCCAGUGUUUCUGCAGGAUGAGUGCGGUGUUUGGAGGGAUCUACUGCCUGAGGCACUCGGUCAGCUGCCUCAUCGUGGACGACAACAGGUGUAAGGCAGUGAUCGACAGUCGAGGACAGCGAAUCAGCUGCAGCCACUUUGUGGUGGAGGACGGGUAUUUAGGCAGCAUGAGGACUGUGACCACGCCCACCAGGCUGCUGAGCAGAGCCGUCUUGAUAACGGACUCCUCGGUUCUGAGCAGCGACUCAGAGCAGCAGGUUUCCAUGGUGACCAUUCCUCCCGGGGAGGCGUGCCAGUCGGCGGUGAAGAUGGUGGAGCUGUGCUCGUCUACAAUGACCUGCAUGCCCGGAACAUAUUUGGUCCACCUCACCUGUCAGUCAGUUAGCUCCGCCUUCGAUGACCUGUCCCAGCUAGUAACCAGGAUGUUCAACACGCCGGAGUCACAGGAGCCAGGGGGGCGUCCGGCCGUCCUCUGGAGUCUGUAUUUCAACAUGGUUGAUGGAACGGUGCCUCGGGUCGAAGGUCAGGGACUCCCGUCUAACGUGCACGUGUGUUCUGGUCCAGAGGGAAGUCUGGAUCAUGAACAGAACAUCAAACAGGCUGAGCUCAUCUUCCAGAAGAUUGUUCCCGAUGAGGAGUUCUGUCCUCCAGCUCCAAACCCAGAGGACAUCAUCUAUGAUGGAGAAGGCCCCACCCCUUCAGCUGAGGAGCAGGACUCUGUUAAGGAGGCGGGGCUACAGGAGGAGUCAGGAGAGGAUCUGAGUCCUCAGUUGGAGCAGUGACCUGUAGAUAUUUGUCUGUAAUUUGGGUUAAAUAAAGUUUGGAUGUGAACUCUG